AUGGAAUACGAGCAUUUUGCAGCGGCAGCGAUGAGCCCAUUCGAAUAUGCGAUCAACGACAUCAUCGACGAAGGCAUGCCAGAACGUGAGGAUGAGAGCAAGGUUUUUGGUCACUUUGGAUACGAUAACGAACCUGGAAACAUCUUGUACCGUUUGGAUGCACUUACUCGUAUGAAUGGACUCUACAUUGGCAUACUGGAAACCCUCAACCUGGAACAUCGCACGGCUUCAAUCCGUUCAGCGAAAGGCGACAAACGCAUCUGCGUCAUGGUAACUCGUUGCUCAUCACAUGAAAUCGAACGAACUUGCGCACCGUACUUCGACUGA